UAUCGUUUUCGUAAAUAAUGUUGUAUUUAAGAUACUUUAGGCUAUAAAAGCAACUUAUUAUAUUAUUAUAAUAACUUUAUUGUGUCUGAUGAAUUAACAAAACGUAUAUUAAAACGGAAAAAAAGAUGAGUCUAAAAAUGUUAUUUAAUUUAAAUACAUCUUUAUAUAUACGUAUGCAAAAUGUAUUAAGCAGUAGAUAUUUUGCUUCAAAAGUAGAGAAAGAUAUUAUUGUUGGUAGUGAAAAAUCCAUUUAUGAGACUGCUGAGGAGACACCCGUUUACGAUACUUAUCAAGAAGAAGAAUAUAUUGAAAUUGAAAAGAAAAGGAACAAAUCGAGACUCAAUAAAGCGCAUAGAAAUAUAUUAUUUGGACAGCGUCCUUAUGACGAAGCCCAAGAGUGGUACCAUAAUACUGUCAAAUAUAAAAAGCGUAUGCUAGGUAGAUAUGGUAUGAAAGCGGUUGAAGAACCAGCAGGGUUUGCCUGGCCAACCCCAGAAGAAGUCAACGAUAUGAAAGAAUACGAAAGAGUUGCUUAUCCGUAUAGUAUUCAAGAAGAAUGGGCAAGGAUAGAAGAGAAAAAUAUAAAAAAUGCAGAAGCAAUAAGGGCUAGAGAAGCUGAUGUAUCUCAAAAAAUGGCCAAAUUAGAUAAAUGGAUGAAUGAUUUAAAUGCGAGAGUUGCCAAGAAAGAAGCAGAUAUAUUAGAAGCGAAGAAACGUAAAGAUCGUUUAAUAGAAGAAGUUAGAGAUGAGCUUGGUUUACUCGUGUCUGUACACGAUGAGAAAUUUAAAGCAGCUAUGGCAGAAAAAGAGAAGCUUGAAAAAAAGAAAUUGAAGGAAGCUAAAAAGAAAGUAAAGGAAGAAAAAAUGUUGGCUAGAUUGGCAAAAGUAUCGCAAACUGAUGAAAACAUAACUACUGUAUCUUCUUCGGAUGAACUAAUAAAAUAAACGGCACUAUGUAGUUACUGUACAAAAUGCAACAAUAAUGUAAUGUACAUAUACUCAUAUAGAUAAAUAAAUAGAAAUUCUUUUCAUUAUAUAAUCUAAUAAA